CAGUUUUAGCUGGUGUGUAGUUACGAAUACCAUAAUGGAGCUUUUCAAGUGUCUGUUUGGUGUUGUGGUAGUUGUUUUGGCUUGUGAUGUUACUGCCCAACCUCACUGGGCGCUGCCUCUGCAGAAACAGCAACCUCUUCUUCCUCCUCAGCAGUCAAAGGUCCCUCCACCUGCAGCUCCCUUUGAUAAAUGUCAGGUGGAGCAGAGUGAGAAGAUCCAGUGUGGGACUCGAGAUAUCACCACUGAACAGUGUGAAAAAAUAAACUGCUGCUUUGAUGGGUGGCAGUGCUACUACGGGAAAGCAGUGACUGUGCAGUGUACCAGAGAUGGCCAGUUUGUGGUGGUUGUGGCUCGAGAUGCCACUGUGCCACACAUAGAUGUGGAUUCAGUCAGCCUGCUGGAAACAAACGAUCCCUCUUGUACCCCUGUUGACUUCACCUCUGCUUUUGCCAUCUUUCAGUUCCCUGUGACUGCGUGUGGCACUAUAAUCAAGAAAGAAGAGGUUUAUGUGGUGUACGAGAACCACAUGUCUUCCUCAUACGAAGUGGGAAUUGGACCCAGAGGAGCAAUCACCAGGGACAGCCAUUUUGAGUUAUUGUUCCAGUGUCGAUAUUCUGGCACAGCUGUCGAGGCUCUGGUCAUGGAGGUGAACGAUGUUCCUCCACCUGUGCCGGUCGCUGCUGCAGGAUUCCUCAGAGUGGGGCUGAAACUGGGCAACGGACAGUGUCACUCAAAGGGAUGUGUGGAAGAAGAGGCAGCAUUUGACUCCUUCUACACUCAAGAAGAGUACCCAAUCACUAAAAUGCUGAGGGAACCAGUCUAUGUCCAGGUGAACAUCCUGGAGAGGUCUGAUCCAAACAUCGUCCUGAACCUGGAGCACUGCUGGGCCACUUCCACCCCUAAUCCUAACAGUCUGCCACAGUGGGAUAUUCUGGUUGAUGGGUGUUCCUACCAUGAUGACCGUUACUUGACCACAGUGGUGCCUGUGGAUGGCUCGUCUGGACUCAAUUACCCAAGUCACUACAAGCGUUUUGUCAUUAAAAUGUUUACAUUUGUGGAUCAAAACACCUUCACUCCUCAGAAAGAGACGGUGUUCAUCCACUGUGCUACAGCAGUGUGUUAUCCCAGCAACACAAACUCUUGUGAACAGCAAUGCCACAGGCAACGAAGAGCUGUAGCUGCAGCGAGAAAAGCUUCCUCAAGUCAGAGGGCUCUAAUCUCAAGCGGUGAGGUGAUCCUGAUUCUGGCCGAGGGCUCAUCUGCUUCCAACACCAAAUUGAAGAGAUGACAACUGACUGGCAGCCAUAUCUGGCCGUGACUUUUAAUAAAAGCUUGUUAAAAGCUCAUGCUCACAA